UUCCCUCUUUUAGAACUCUCUCUCUCUCUCUCUCUCAUUUUGACACUUAUCCUAUCUCUCUCUCCUCUCGCCGGAGAAAAAAGAGCGACGGCGCCGUUUGCUGUAAGCCAAGAGUACUCGACCAUGUUGGAUCUUAACCUCAAAAUCUUUUCUUCAUGCGACGAAGAUCAAGAUCGGAAAGUACCAUUAAUGAUCUCAACCAAGGGUGAAGAAGAAUCUAACUCCUCCUUAUCCUCCUCCACGGCUUCUGCAGCCGGAGAUGCUUUCAUCACUUUUGGAAUCCUCAAACGUGACGAGGACGUCGCUCCUCCUCCUCCUCCUCCUCCUCCUACUACUCAUAAAGAAACAGGAGAUCUCUUUCCGGUGGCUGAUGCUCGUCGGAAUAUUGAUAUCUCGGUCGAGGACAGUCACUGGUUGAAUCUGUCUUCUUUACAGAGGAAUACACACAAAAUUGUGAAGAAGAGUAGAAGAGGACCAAGGUCUCGUAGCUCCCAGUAUCGUGGCGUCACUUUUUACCGUCGUACCGGUCGUUGGGAAUCUCAUAUUUGGGAUUGUGGAAAGCAAGUUUAUUUGGGCGGGUUUGAUACUGCAUACGCAGCAGCAAGGGCGUACGACCGAGCUGCUAUAAAAUUCCGUGGUCUCGAUGCAGACAUCAACUUCGUCGUGGAUGAUUAUAGGCAUGACAUCGAUAAGAUGAAGAAUUUAAAUAAGGUGGAGUUCGUGCAAACACUUAGGCGAGAGAGUGCGAGUUUCGGAAGAGGAAGUUCCAAAUACAAAGGCUUGGCUCUUCAGAAAUGCACCCAAUUCAAAACUCAUCAUGAUCAGAUUCAUCUCUUUCAAAACAGGGGAUGGGACGCAGCAGCAUUAAAAUACAAUGAGUUGGGAAAGGGAGAAGGAGGCAUGAAGUUUGGUGCCCAUAUUAAAGGUAAUGUUCACAAUGAUCUUGAACUAAGUCUUGGAAUUUCGUCAGCAUCGGAAACUAUGAAGUUGACAACGGGAGAUUACUAUAAGGGCAUCAAUUGGUCCACGAUGGGUUUGUUCGGUAAGCAAUCAUCCAUAUAUCUACCCAUGACGACGACGACGACGACCAUGAAGCCUUUGAAGACAGUUGCAGCAUCAUCAGGAUUCCCUUUUAUCAGCAUGACCACUUCCUCUUCCUCCGUCUCCACUUGUUUUGAUCCUUAGCUAGGAUCGAUCUACUCUAUACACUCUUUUUAACUUAUAUAUUAUAUUUUUCUAUCUGAUUAUUGUAUAUCAUCCACAAUAAGUUUGAUUCUUUCCUUAAUGAGUGAGAAAUAUUUUGCAA